ACAAUAGAAGGAAACGUUGAACGUAGGGGCUGAUAACAAUUAGAUAGUUUUUGUAACACCCCCAAUCUUGUUAUUCGGAAUUCGACAAAUUGAAGAGAGGAAUAAUAUAUAAUAUUAUAAUAUAUAUCCUGAAUCAACCUCUCAAACCCUAUCUCUCACGAUUGAAAUUGAAUUGAAUUGAAUUGGUAUUCUUUUGAAGAUUAGGUAAAUAGAGAAAAAGAAGAAGAAAAAAAGACGAGGACGCAUUCUUGAACGAUGUCUGCUGCGGUGUGUGGAAGCAAGAGAUCUUUCUUCGAAGACCUUCCUCCUUCACCCCCAGUUUCAAAGAGGAUUCGUUGUUCUUCAUCACCAAUUCGUCUUUCUCUUCCAACCCUCAUCGAUCACCUUCGAUCCCUUUUUCCUCAUAUGGAAGAUCAGAUCAUUGAAAGAGCACUUCAGGAAUGUGGCAAUGAUUUAGAUGCUGCUAUCAAGAGCCUGCACGGGCUUUGCUUGGGAUCUGCAGAUGAAAAUUCUGUUAAUGUUCCACAACUUGAUGCUACCGUUGAAACAGGUGUUUUUGCAGAUAAUGGGGAUGCUUCUGCUUCUGGGAAUCAGCCAGCUGAAAACAAUCUUCCCGCUGAUGGACCAGAAUGGAUUGACUUAUUUGUUAGGGAGAUGACAUGUGCUACUAGUGUUGAUGAUGCCAGAGCCCGUGCUGCUAAAUUGCUUGAGGUUUUGGAGAAAUCCAUCAGCGCACAUGCAAGUUCUGGGGCAAUAACUGAUCUUCAAAGGGAAAAUUUGAUGUUGAAAUAUCAAGUUGAACUCUUGACAAAGGAGAGAAAUUGUUUCAAAAGUGCUUUUAGAAUCCAGCUUGAACGCCUUUCUGAUUAUGAGGAUAAAGAGAGAGAGUUGCAGCAGUUGAAGCAGUUGGUGUCUCAAUACCAGGAACAGAUCAGAACUCUUGAGGUUAACAACUAUGCUCUGCGAAUGCAUCUGAAUCAGGCACAAAAAUACAACCCUUUUCCUGGAAGUUUCCCUCCUGAUGGCUUCUAAUGCAAUCAAUGGGGUAGAAUAUCACAAUCAAGGCGGUUAAAUAGUUGUAUCUGGUUAUUCAAUUAUAUUUGGUGUUUAUUUUCAAAAAAAUAUGCAUUGUUAAUUGUUAUAGUUUGUGUAGCUCCUGUAGGCCAAGAAAGGUAGCUAUUCUUAGUCCAGGGGUUAUCUUAUACACUAACUUGGAAUAGAAUUGAUAAUAAUUAUUUGUCGGUUAAUUCAAUUAUUUUUUCUCAUGGAAUCGAUAUGGCAUUAAGUGUAGUUAUUGAGAAUGUCCAAGAUCAGUUUGCUCUUA